AUGGGUAUGCUCCUCAGUAAACUGCAGGACUUGUGGAACAAGAAGGAGAUGAGAAUCCUGAUGGUUGGUCUCGAUGCUGCCGGAAAGACCACUAUUCUCUACAAGCUCAAGCUGGGUGAAGUCGUCACGACUAUCCCUACUAUCGGCUUCAACGUCGAGACGGUCGAGUACAAGCAAAUCCAGUUCACCGUGUGGGAUGUUGGUGGACAGGACAAGAUCCGGCCUCUGUGGAGACAUUAUUUCCAGAACACGCAGGGUAUCAUUUUCGUUGUCGACAGCAAUGAUCGCGACCGUGUGGUCGAGGCACGAGAGGAGCUGCAGCGCAUGCUCAACGAGGACGAACUCCGGGAUGCCGCCCUCCUGGUCUUUGCCAACAAGCAAGAUCUGCCCAAUGCUAUGAGCCCCGCCGAGGUCACAGACAAGCUCGGCCUUACUAGCCUGCGACAACGCGCUUGGUUCAUCCAAUCCACCUGUGCCACAUCUGGUGAUGGUCUCUAUGAGGGUCUUGAAUGGCUCUCUAACACUGUCGGCAAGCCUUCGUCGUAA